UCCGAAACCCGAGUUAGUGGCGCUGUCAUCAAUUUGUCGUUCAUUAUCUUUAACAUUAAUUUUAUGGUGGUGUGGAUUUGACGAAGAAUCCGAGUUCCGACGCGGUUGUGUAAAUUUGCCGCGCUAUAGUAGUUGGAUCGAUAAUCCAUUAUUUUCGGACAAAUUACCUAGUUUUAGUAUUUACCUUGAUUGUUAUUAGAUAUUUUCUUCUUUUUCAUACGUAUAUUAAAUUUUCAAGAUGUUUUGGGGAUUAAUAAUGGAACCGAAUAAGCGGUACUCCCAAGUGGUGGAGAAGCCGUUUCACAUAUCGCAAGCUGCUAUGGACAUUUCCACCGGCGACAAUGAUCCCUGCCAGGUGAUGAUUGUGGUGGAUGGUAAAAAUUUCCUCGUGUGCACAUUACAGAAGAACAAGACCAUUCAAGUACCACUCGACCUGUAUUUUAAGGCUGGAGAUUCUAUUUCAUUCUUGACAAAUGGUAAAUGCAAUGUUCACUUGACGGGUUACCUGGAUCCUGAAUUUGAGGAGGAACCUUCAGACGAGGAAGAGGAAGAAGAAGAAGAAGAGGAGGCACCAGCUCUGGUUCCCGCCAAGAAUAAGAGGAAACUAGAGAAUAGCAAUGAAGGAGUUACUAACAAGAAAGCUAAGCAAAACAAAAAAACAGACAACAAACCUGCUGCUGCCGCCGAGAGCUCCGAUGAGGACGAAGAUGGUGAAGAUCAACUACAAAAGUUCCUCGAUGGGGAGGACAUUGAUACCGAUGACAAUGAUGAGUCCUUCAAAGUGAAUACAUCCACCGAAGCAACUGACAGUGAUGAAGAGUCUGAUGAGGAAGACGAAGAUGAUGAAGAUGAUGAUGACAAUGAAGAUGAAUCCUCCGAGAAAGCAGACACAACUCUUGAUACCAGCAAGGAUGAUAGCACUGCUGACAUGUCCAAGCUUACCAAGUCACAGAAACGCCGUCUGAAGAAGAAAUUGCAGAAGCAGAAAGAACCUCAAGUAAAUGGAGUUGAGAAAACCAAGAAAGAGAAGCCUGCUGAGCAGCCACAAAAGGCAGAGAAGAAGAAACCAGAAGCAAAAAAGGAUGCUCAAGAGGGUGACAAAAAAGAAAAGAAAUCACUCAGCGGUGGAGUUUUUAUUGAAGAUUUGAAAGUGGGCAAUGGAGCAGUCGCAAAACCUGGCAAGGUUGUCAUGGUGUAUUACGAGGGUCGUCUGAAGCAAAACAACAAGAUGUUUGACAACUGCCAGAAAGGACCUGGAUUCAAGUUCAAACUUGGCGCUAAGGAAGUGAUUUCUGGAUGGGAUGUUGGUGUAGCUGGCAUGAAAGUCGGAGGAAAAAGGAAGAUUGUUUGUCCACCAGCAAUGGCGUAUGGUGCUAAGGGAUCACCACCAGUUAUUCCUCCAAACUCAAGCUUAGUAUUCGAAGUAGAGUUAAAGAAUGUUAAAUAAGUGCUAGUUAUCAUCAUAGUGUAUGGACAUAUUAAUUGUUUCAGUUAAUUUGAUUGUCAUUGAUUGAAUGCCAUUUAUCGUGUAAAUGCUGUCAGCAUUUCUACUAUUAUACUAAUAUGGAGCAUUAUCAAAAAGAAAGUUUUAUUUUUUUUAUUGACAUGUCUAAAUUACUGAAGUUACAUUGUUUUUGUGGAUGCUCCAUAUUAGUUAUUUACUAUGUUAGUUGAUAAUUUUAGACACUAAGAAUAAACAGGUUAUUUAGAUUUUAAGAAUUAGAAAUCAUCAGCUGCAUAAUGAUGAAAUCUGGUUGGAUGCCAAUUUU